AUGAGGAAACUGAGGCAUACAGAGCUCAGCUUGCUCAAGACUAACCAGGGCUUUUUCACCAAGAUCACGCAGAACGUGUGGAAGGAAGACUCUGCUGCUCCUAAAGCCAAAGUCAAAGCAAAGGCUCUGACGGACAUGAAGGCAGUGCUGCAAGGCGUCCGCAACACAGCGCCAGCAGCGGCGGCCCCAGUACCCUCGGAAGAGCGCCCCCUGGAGGAACAAGCCUGGCCACUGCGCCCUCAUCAAGCUCCCUCUGACCAGAGCCGGCUAGGAAGAAGACAACACACACUCCUGUUCAUCCCGGGUGUCAAGGCCACCACGCAUCAGAUCAAACGAGCCGUGAAGAAGCUCCGUGACACUGAUGUGACCAAAGCCAAUGCCCUGAUCAGACCUGAGGGAGAAAAGAAGGCGGACGUGCGGCUGGCUCCUGAUUCAGACACUCUGGAUGUCGCCAACAUAUCUCAGGAUCAUCUAAACUGCAUCAUCGCUCUGAUUCUAAAUAUUUGUUUUUCAUAA